AUGAAAACCAUUCUGAAAUCCCAUGGAUUGUGGGAUCUAGUCGAAAAUGGGCUCACUGAGUCAGACUUGAAGAAGGAGAAAGAGGAUGCUUCCAUUUCUGAAAAGUCUCCAACGGCUCAAACUCUAAUGAGAGAUGCUCGAGCACUUGGAUUGAUUCAAAGUGCUGUCUCAGAUAAGCUCUUUCCCAGAAUCGUGAAUGAGGAGACCUCAAAGGGUGCUUGGGAUAUUCUGAAGCUGGAGUUCAGAGGUGACAAACAAGUAAGAAAUGUUAAAUUGCAAGGUUUGCGUAGAGAAUUUGAAUAUGCUCGCAUGAAAGAUAGUGAGUCUCUAUCUGUAUAUCUUAUUAGGCUGUUUGAUAUGAUGAAUCAAAUGAAAAGUUAUGGAGAGGAAUUAUCCAGAGAGAGGGUUGUGCAGAAACUGUUGUUUAGUCUGCCGAAAUCCUAUGAUCCUAUUUGUUCUGUGAUUGAGCAUUCCAAGGAUCUAGAAACUCUGGAAGUGCAAGAGGUGGUUGCCUCCUUGAAGAGCUUUGAGCUCAGAUUGGAUCGCCAUACUGAAAAUUCUACAGAAAGGGCCUUUGCUAGCCUGAAUAUUGAGGAGAAGAAUCCUAAGAGUGGCAGUUUUUCUGGAGACCAAAAAUCUCAGAAAAACUGGAAGUCAAGUGAUGGUGUGAAAAAGAAUCACUCAUGGUAUAUUGAUAGUGGUUGUAGUAACCACAUGACAGGAGAUGAGGGACUCUUAGUGAAUAUUCAAAGGAAUUUGACUUCUAAAGUCAAGAUGGGGACUGGAGAGGUAGUUCCAGUGGCAGGAAAAGGAACUCUUGUGAUAAAAAUCAAGCUGGGGAAGAAGCACAUUCAAGGAGUAAUGCUUGUACCUGGUCUGGAAGAAAAUCUACUCAGUGUUGGGCAAAUGAUGGAGCAUGGUUAUUAUCUUGUGUUUGGAGGGAAUAUGGUGAAUGUUUAUGAUGAUCAGUCACUACGAAAUCUGAUUGUGAGGGUUCAAAUGACCAAUAACAGAUGUUUUCCACUUACAAUGAUGCCUGCAAGUGAGUUGGCUUUAAGAGCAAGUGUUUCUCACUGCCUGUAG